AUGGCGCUUGACACCGAGGACGGUGAAUCGUUCACGGAGGAGUGGCGACUUCGUCAUGAAACGUUGAUCAAUGAGAUCCGGUCACUGCAAAGUCAUGUGACGACAGCAACUGAGACGGUCGAGCCUUCCCAGGUUCAGGCUGAACAGGAGCCACAGAAAGAGCCACAGAUCGAACCUCAGAUUGAGACGAAUGAGUCAACUAAUGAGCCAGUGGCCGAGGAAAUGGAUGGCGAUUCCAAUGGCGGUGAAGAAUCCAUGGGAGACAGUGGUCCGUCCUGGAAACGUCAAGCAAAAGAGCUGGAUCGCCUGAAUGCACGGCUCCAAGCGAGUUUAGAGACCUCCAUCCCCAGCAUCGCCAUGGCGACCAAGGGCCGGAGCAAGUCCAGCUGUCCCAAGAAGUCCAGCUGUCAGGCGAAGGCUGGCCGCUCCAAGAGUGAAGCACCGCCACCGCGCGGAUGGGGACAUGGACUCUCGCGGUCCUGCAGAGCCGGAAGUGUCUCGCUCCUCGGCACUGGCAACAACCAAGUGGCCAGAACCCACGCGACCACCGAAACGGGCGGUCGUCAAGAAGCGGACGGCACCAAGGACUGUGUCAAGACGAGUCCUGGACCUGGAUUGCAAGUUGGAGCGCCUUUUGACCAGCCGCGGAUGUCUGUCAUGGCUCGAUUAUCUGUGGCUCAAGCAGAAGCAAAAGAAGUGGAAGCAACGAAAGCCGCUCCUACUGUCACCGUGAAGAAUUGGAACAUCCCUCGGCUGUGUUUGGAGGGAGCUCAAAGCGCUCAAUCUUUUAGUGGAGUUGUUCCAAGCACCACGGGCUCGUAUGUUCCUUCAUCCACCAGCAGCCCUCAGAUGUGGUACCGACCUGUCAGCCAAGUGAGUCCUGUGAGUCAGCGCCAAGUGCCCAGUGGAGCUUUCAGCGGUGCGCAGGUGUUGCAGAAGGCCUCACCCGUGUCCCAACGCUUGGCACUUUGA